AUGGCAGAUACUCUGAUAACCGCAAUUGCUCGACGAGGGGCCGAAAAUAUCCACUCACUCACUGCAGUCUCGAACAAUGCCGGCGCGCCAGGCAAAGGUGGCCUCUCUACCUUGACACAGUCCGGGCAGGUUGACCGACUUAUCAUAUCGUACCUUGGAAAUAAUAAAGCGCUAGAGAAGAAAUACCUUACAGGGAACAUCGCUAUUGAGCUGUGCCCUCAAGGAACCUUGGCGGAGCGCCUCCGUGCGGGGGGUGCUGGAAUUCCUGCUUUCUACACUGCUACAGGGGCUCAUACCUUUCUUCAGGAUGGCAGAAUUCCUGUGCGUGUCGAUGCAUCUGGCAAUGUGUUGGAACAUGGCAAACCGCGGGAGACAAGGGUUUUCAACAACAAGACAUACUUGAUGGAGACUGCGCUUACCGGCGACGUCGCCAUUCUCCGCGCGUGGAAGGUAGACGAAGCUGGAAACUGCGUUUUCCGCUACACCACCAAGGCAUUCGGGCCUAUUAUGGCCAAAGCAGCAACCCUUACCAUUGUCGAGGCCGAGAACAUUGUUCCAGUUGGUUCAAUUGAUCCCAACGAUGUUGACCUGCCUGGUAUCUUUGUGGAUAGGAUUGUUCCUUCGACAGCUGAGAAGCAAAUCGAGAUCAGGAAACUCCGACAAUCGCAGGAAGAUGGCUCUACGGCAGCAGGUGUAUCGCCGGCUAUCAUUCAGAGAAACCGAAUUGCAAAAAGAGCAGCUAAGGAACUCAAGCAGGGGUACUAUGUGAACCUGGGAGUCGGCAUUCCCACACUCGCACCGUCGAUGCUGCCUGAGGGUGUCAAGGUGUGGAUUCAAUCGGAGAAUGGCAUCCUUGGAAUGGUAAGGCAAGAGCGGCGCGGUAAUAGAACGGACAUUAUCAAUGCGGGUAAAGAGACCGUUACCUUGCUGCCAGGCGCUGCAACUUUCGACAGCACAGAGUCCUUUGGGAUGAUAAGGGGCGGACACGUUGAUGUUUCAAUCCUAGGGGCUCUUCAAGUCUUUAAAGGGAUGGGCGGAGCUAUGGAUCUAAUCUCAAACCCCGACCAAACCAAGAUUGUCGUCGCAACCAGUCACACAGCGAAAGAUGGCUUACCCAAAAUUGUCACAGAAUGCUCUCUUCCACUGACAGGGGCUAACUGUGUCAGCACGAUCGUCACGGAGCUGUGCGUUUUCCAAGUCGACCGCCAAAAGGGCGAGCUUACCCUGACCGAGCUUGCGCCUGGAGUGGACGUUAAUGAAGUGCGGGAAAAGACGGGGGCACCAUUCCACGUUGCGGAUAAACUGGAGGUUAUGGAGUAG